AAUACCUCAUAAGGGUGUGAAUCGUAGCGGUCAGGCUGAUUCGAGACGUCAGAAGAGUGAAUGCCCGGAUCCGAGAGUCGCACAGGUUCGAAGCUUAAGUCUCGACCUGUGACACAAAGACCUGACCUCUAUCUCCGGUCCGAGUACGUUCUCUGAAUAGUGUUUAUCAGGUCUAUAAAAGGUUGUUCUUGUUGAAGCAUUCAAUUUCACAUUUUCCUGUCUAUUUACACUGCCAUGGCUGGUCCUACUCAGCACAAUUAUGCUGUUCUUGCUCUUCUGUUAAUUGCUCUCCCAUGUUAUAAGGCCAUCUCCACUGACACCCACGGCCACCAACAUCAUGGAAUCAAUUCGCUUCACUUCGCUCUCUUUCAACAUGAAACCAUAAAUAAAACCGGGUAUAUAGUAGUAAAUGGUGUGGCAGGGCCAGGCAUCAGUCAAACCACCACUCCUUUCGGUACCAUAUUUGUUUUCCAAGAUCCCAUGACUGCUACAGCUAACCCAUCUUCAAAAGUUAUAGGCAUAGCGGAAGGAACUUCCAUCACCUCGGGUUUUGAUGGGCUCCGGAGCAUUUCAGUCGCUAAGAUCACUCUACGUUUGAAGCAGCACAUAGGAUCCAUUUCCAUCGUGGGAGUCACACAUAAUGUUAAACCUUCCGAUCAUCCAGUUGUAGGAGGUACAGGUGACUUCUUGUUUGUGCAAGGCUACGUGAGAUCAUCUCCAGUGAACCUCAAGGGCCUUACUGUUACCUACAAAAUCGAGUUUCACCUCUAUUGGCCUCCGUUUGCAGCUAAAACUUCGUGAUCGAAGGA